CCAGAUUGGAUUGAUCUUGAUGAUGAUACUCGCAGUGUCACCUGGCACUCAUUUGUUCCCCUUCUCUUCUUGCACCUGUGAUUUGUACUCUUGACGUAUAUCAUCCAGGGGCGAAGACAACGAUGCAGCAAUUUCUGUUUUUCCUUUUUUCCUUUUGUCCCCCCACCCCACUUUUGUUUUUCUUAUCUUCUCUUCUUUUUGGUCGUGCCGUGUUACUGAGAGGUGGGAAAUACUUCCUUCCGCCAAUGAUCAAUCGAGUUUCUAUCCAUAGCGAAAAAACCACGCCGGUACAGGUUCCGGUAAUGGGAGAUCGUUGGGCCGAGGAACGCCAGUUAUGCAACAAAAUGCGUGCCGCCGGAUGCGAAAUUUGGAAUACUGAACCAUGGUUCGGCGGGGACAAUUAUAGCCACCGAGGAAAAGAAAGCCGAAAAACAUAUUUUGGUGCUUGGAAAGUUUUCUCCUUGGGAGUAUCGGUGACACAAGGAACCCAACCAAGCAUGCUAUCAUUCUGUUCCUGGACAAAUGAAACAAGGAUGAACUUAAAGGAAAAAGGCUCACUGUUUAAAGCAAGGUAGUAGUUCAAUAGUUGAAUUUGCCUCUUAUGGGUCUUGCUAUC